AUGGAAAUUUAAUAAGGGGAUCAAUUGAGAGUGGCUGCUAAGCAUCACAUUGAAAGUUUUAAUUACUUGUACACUCAUGGUUUGAUUGAGAUAUGUCGACAUCUAAGUCCAAUAGAGGUUUGUGUGCCUGGGAAUCGAGACAUUAGGUUGCCAUUCAAGAAUAUGAAAAUCUGGAUUGAGGAACUAUAGAUAGGGAUGCCAACAUAACAAGGGAUGUUGGGAGACAAUAGAGUUCUGCCAACUCAAUGUAGGUAGAUGAAGAAGAGUUACACAGCUCCAAUGUUAGCAACAAUAUGCAGAGAGAUUGAUGAUAAUCCAAAGGAGACAGUUCGUUUGUCUUUGGGAGAGAUACCAAUAUUGGUGAAGAGUCAGAAAUGUCAUUUGAAUGGGCUGAGUGCAGAAGGUAUUUGUGAUUUGGCUAAAAGAAAGAAUUGGUGUAAUAGCAGGAAGAUUGCAAUGAAUUCGGAGGUUACUUUAUAAUCAAUGGUAAUGAGAAGAUUAUAAGAAUGCUGAUCAUUUAGAAAAGGAACUACCCAAUCGCAUUCAAGAGACCUGGUUACAAGAACAAGGGAUUCAACUUCUCUCCAUAUGCAGUUUAGAUGAAGUGUGUGAGAUCAGAUCAAUAUGCAAGAACAAUUACUCUACAUUACUUGAUGGAUGGCAAUGUGUACUUGCGUAUCAUCUUGAAAAAGAAGGAAUUGCAAAUGCCUGUAAUAAUAUUAUUAAGAGCAUUAACAGACAUGAAUGAUUAUCAAAUUUAUUAAUAGAUAGUGCGUUCAUAAGCAGAGAAGUCAGAUAUUUCUGAUAGAGUUGAAGUCAUGAUCGCAGAUGCUAAAUCAAGAGGAAUCAAUACUCAAAAAGAUGCCCUUGAAUAUAUUGGUAGAUUGCUUAGAGUAGAACUCAACAUCUUUAAUCCAGAGACCACUGAUCUCUAAGUUGGACGGAUAUUCUUGAGAGAACACAUCUGUGUACAUCUUGACAAUGAUCAAGACAAAGCCUCAAUUCUCUUAUUGUGCAUUGAAAAGUUGUAUGCUCUUUUCAUAGAUGAAAUCAAUCCUGACAAUCUGGACUCCUUAGUCAAUCAGGAAGUUCUCUUAUCUGGUCAUCUCUAUACUGCAUAUUUGAGAGAAAAAUUGGAAGAUUUAUUAGUUGGAGUCAGAGAGAAAAUAUUGAAAGAUGCAUCUAAGGAAUAAUCAAAAUUAAAAGACUUGGCUUAUUUUAAAAGAUGCUUUGAUUUAUAAACUACCGUAGGUGAAAAAUUGGAAAAUUUCUUAGCCACUGGUAAUUUGAGAUCGCAAACUGGAUUAGAUUUAAUGGAAGCAAGUGGAUUUACUAUCAUUGCUGAUAAAUUAAACAAUAUGAGAUUUCUAUCUCAUUUUAGAUCUGUUCAUAGAGGAUCUUAUUUUGCAUAAAUGAAAACUACAACUGUUCGUAAAUUACUUCCUGAUGUUUGGGGAUUCGUCUGUCCUGUCCAUACUCCAGAUGGAGGACCUUGUGGUUUACUCAAUCAUAUUACAAUGAGUUGUGUGCCCUUAACACAUCCAGAUGAACAAGACAUUGAAGAAUUGCUAUUUCCUUUAGGAGUGCAAUCUCAACGUUUGAUCUACUCUAAAACUGAUCUUCCAGUAGUAUUGAAUGGUAAAUUAAUUGGUUACUUAAAUUCCUCUUUGUUACCAACCUUUGAACAUACUCUUAGAGUUUACAAAUCCAAUGGCACAAUCAAGGAAACAACGGAAGUUGCUUGUCUUCCAAGAUAGGAGAAUAAGUCUCCUUUGUUUCCUGGAAUUUAUAUCAAUACUACUGUGGCCAGAUUAAUGAGACCAGUAAUUAAUCUGAAGUUGAAUACAAUUGAAUGGAUCAGUCCUUUGGAAUAGAUUAAUAUGAGUAUAGCUUGUACUUAGGCUGACAUUCGUACUGACACCUAAUAUCAAGAAAUAGAUCCAGCAUAUAUUCUAAGUGUUUUGGCUGCUAAUGUUCCAUUCUUAAAUUAUAAUCAAAGUCCUAGGAAUAUGUAUUAAUGUCAAAUGGCUAAACAAACUAUGGGAUCUCCCUGUCACAAUUACCCAUAUAGGUUUGAUAACAAAAUGUAUCGAAUUUUAUUCCCUUAAAAACCAGUUGUCAGAUGCUUCGGUUAUGAUGAUUACUAAUUCGCUGAUUAUGCCAGUGGAACUAAUGCAAUAGUGGCAGUCAUCAGUUAUACAGGAUACGAUAUGGAAGAUGCCAUGAUCUUAUGUAAAUCAAGUUAUGAGAGAGGAUUCGGUCAUGGCAUUAUUUAUAAAUCCUCUGAGUAUUCCUUGAAUGAUGACAAAGAAGUCAAAUAUUGUAGAUGAAUAAUUUUGGAGCAUUAAUUUUUAGUCUCCACUUUGUUUAAGACACAUAAUUUAGAGAAAACUCUAACUAGUAGUAAAUAUUAAUUGCAACAAUACAAGUUACUUAGUCAAAUACCUGUAUAAUUAUACAACCAAAUUUAAGCUCAAGUUCCAGUAAAUUUGUUACCUUAUGGGUUGCCUGAAUAAUCUUAAGUUGUUACAAAAGGCACUGCUGUAUUAGCUCUCUAUGACAGCCAAUUGUAAUAGGUCAAAGUUUACCAUUCAAAAGACAGUGAGACUGCUAGAAUUGAGUAGGUGGCUGUAGUGAAUAAAUCUGAAAAUGAUGUAUCAGUCAUGAUCAAAUAUAGAAUCAAUCGUAAUCCUAUUAUAGGUGAUAAAUUUUCAUCUCGUCAUGGUUAGAAGGGUGUGAUGUCCUUAUUGUGGCCAUAAAUUGAUAUGCCCUUCUCAGAAUCUGGUAUGGUACCUGAUAUCAUUAUUAAUCCUCAUGCUUUCCCAUCUAGAAUGACCAUUGGUAUGUUAAUAGAGAGUAUGGCUGCUAAGGCAAAUGUAUUAUAGGGAGAGAUGUUUGAAACUCAUCCAUUUUAAAAUUAUGAGAAUGAUAAUGUUGUUGACUACUUUGGUAAACAAUUAAUUAAACAUGGUUUCAACUAUCAUGGAAACGAGACCUUGUAUUCUGGUAUUUACGGAACUCCUCUUAAAGUUGACAUCUAUUUCGGAGUGGUCUAUUAUUAAAGAUUGAGACAUAUGGUAUCAGACAAAUCUCAAGCCAGAAGCAUGGGACCUGUUGAUGUACUUACUCAAUAACCAAUCAAAGGUAGAAAGAAGGGAGGAGGUAUCAGACUUGGUGAGAUGGAAAGAGAUGCUCUGAUUGCUCAUGGUGUUGCUUAUUGUAUCAAUGAUCGUCUACUCAAAUGUUCAGAUUACUCCGAAAGUAUUACAUUAUGUAUUAAUCAUAGCCUACAUUUGUGAUAAAUGUGGUAACAUGCUAGCCACUUAUCAAUUUGUACAACUAUUGUCCUUGGAGAAUAUACAAUCUGUAUAGAGUUCUCAUCCCUAUUGUGUGAGAUGCAAACAAUCAAAAUGUUCUAAGGUAGCCAUACCAUUUGUACUCCGAUAUCUUGUAAAUGAGUUGGCUGCCAUGAAUGUUAAAUUAGAAUUUUCUGUUGCUAGAUGA